GCGGACAGCAGAUGAGAUCGGGGGCUGCGCGUUCGACCUAGCGCUAGCAAGAAGUUAGUUCCUGCUCUACGCUGGCCGUUUCCUGUAAUCGUACAGUGUUGUGAGACGGAGAAAGCCAUGUGUGUCGAUGCAAAGGGCAUCAGUACACACAUUUAUUGAUGGAUCUCUUAGAGUUCACUCCAACCAGAGAAGCAAAAAGUAACUCCAGAGAGUAGGAGAGGAUAGAGGGGCGGAAGAGAGAGAGUAAAGAAGGGUGAACCGGUGGACUCUCUCUUUUCCUGUUCCCCACUCCCUAAUAAAUCAGUUCAGCAUAAUUGCAAAAUCUCUUCAGACUUGUUGGAUGUUUUUGUACCGACACUGGAUAUUACACAUUCUUUUCUUUUUUUCACAAACUCUUUGACAAGAUGGCAGACCCCAUUAUGGACCUCUUUGAUGACACCCCACUGUUCAAUUUGGAUUCCCUACCGGAGGAUGCGUUCUCCCAGGGAUCCUCAGACCCAGUUGAGGAGGCGCUGAAGUUAGCACUUGGCCAUGUGGACGCACCUAUGGACCCUACACUGGAUCCUGGUGUCCCCAUGCUCAGUGAUGUUGUCACAGAUUCAGCUCUAAUCCCAACACCCCUCACAGCUCCUGUCUCUGUCCCACUACAGACCCUUCAAACACAGCAGCCCUCCCAGAUGUCCCAUGAGGUUUCUGUUGCCCCGGCUUCAAUUUCCGUUCAGCCCUCUCUCUCGGUGGCCAGUAAUAGCAGUGGGGCAGCGACGGUGCUGCUGAGCUCUUCUCUUGGAGUACCUGUGUCCGGGGCUCAAGUUGCCACCCAGCAGCUGCAGACUCAGCAAAUCGCCCUUACGCAACAGGCAGCAGGGCAGUCGGUCCCAAAAAUUGUAAUACUCAAAGGCCCUCAGGGUCAGACUCAAGUGCUACAGGGUGUCACAGGAGCCACAGGCUCUCCAGGAAAAGUCACUUUCACUAGAGUUCUGACAGGGACCCCACUUAGGCCAGGGAUGACAGUUGUUUCUGGGGGAACGGUGUUAAAUUCCACACCUCCUGGGCAGGGACAGGUCAAAGUAGGCACUGGAGUUCAAAGGCUGAUUCAGACACCAAAUGGCCCGAUGAAGCAGGUGUUACUGACCUCGGUGCCUCAGACUCAAUCGCAGGUUCAGACGCAGCCGGUCCAGGUGCAGAUACCUUCGCAGACGCAGCUGCAGUCACCGUCACAGCCAGCACAGGUACAGGCGCAGGUCCAGGUGCAGCCUCAGACACAGGUGGCAUUACAAACACAGGACCAAGCGCCGGCUACUACAUCCCCUGGAACGUCAGCAGCGACCGGCCGACCUCAAAGUGUCACACUUUCAGCUGUGCCACAGCAGGGGGAAGCAAAGAGGUUCACUCUGGUGCUACAACAGCAGCCCUCGCAAGGUGGAGGCCAGGCUGGGACAGUGACAGUAGGGGGAACGGCAGCUGCAGGGGCGGGGCAGCAGGCCCAGCAGCACAGGCUGGUGUUGGGCUCUCUGCCAGGGAAGUUGGUCCUGCAGGGAGGCCAGCUGGCUGCUUUCGCCCAAGCCAAGGCGGGUCAAACGGGUGCACAGCCGAAAGUGCUUACCAUUCAGCUGCAAGUUCAACAGCAGCCCAACCAACAGGGAGCCAAGUUUCAAUUGGUUUCUGGGGCAGCUAAUGCUGGUGGCAGCCCUCAGGUGGUGCAGAUUUCUCAAGGCCAAGGAGGACAAAGACUAGCAGUGCCUCUUAAACUACUGCUGCAGCCACAGUCAAGCACUGCUUCCAGUGUUGGUGGGGCCAUUUCUGUGGUUAAAGUUAUCAAUACCUCAGCUGCCGGCUCUUCGUCCAGCACCACUACUACAGCCGCAUCUUCCGGUGUGCGUUUGGCGAAGGUCCAGGAGCCCGUGCGAAAAGUGGAGACCUUGUGCAAACAGGAGAAAGCAAAUCGCAUUGUUGCUGAGGCCAUCGCACGGGCCAAGGCCAGGGGUGAAAGGAACAUCCCCCGUGUGCUCAACCAGGAUGAACUGCCUGCUGGACAGACUUCUGCAGACCUAGAAGGUGCCGCAGGAGCUGGAGGAGCCAAAAAGAAAGGAGUAGGUGGAGGUAGUGGUGGUGGAGGAAGCAAGAAGAAAAGCCCAAGUGCGGGCGGAGGGAAAGUGGUGGCGGGAGGAGACAAGAAAUCCAAGGCGAAGUUUCCAGGAGUGGUUUCUGGAGGGGGAGGCAGUAAAAGUAAAUCCAAGACUAAGCUCAACACCAUCACUCUAGUGGGUGGUAAGAAAAGAAAAAGAAAUGCAUCCUCUGACCAUUCAGAUAUAGAUCUAAGCCCACCUGUUUCACCCCGCACACUGGAGGAGGAAAUGUCGCAGAAGCGACGUUCUAACCGUCAGGUGAAGCGGAAGAAGUACACAGAGGAUUUGGACAUUAAAAUCACAGAUGACGAAGAUGAAGUAGAUGCAGAUGUUGAUGUAACCACAACUCCUGUGUCUAGUGCAGGGCAUCUGCAGUCUAUGGGAGCAGAACUCCAUCAGGAACUGGAUGGGGAUGGUCUUCCCAGCAUGCAGUUUUUUGUGGAGAACCCAAGUGAGGAGGACGCUGCUAUUGUGGAUAAAAUAUUGUCUAUGCGGGUGACCAAAAAGGAGGUGUCUCCAGGGCAGUAUACUAAUGUGGAAGAAUUUUUUGUCAAAUAUAAAAACUACUCGUACAUGCACUGUGAAUGGGCCAGUCUUGAGCAGCUGGAAAGAGACAAGAGAAUCCAUCAGAAGCUGAAGAGAUUCAAGACAAAACAGGCACAGAUGAGGAACAUAUUCCAGGAGGAUGAGGAACCUUUUAAUCCAGACUAUGUGGAGGUUGAUCGUAUUUUGGAUGAGUCACAUAGUGUGGAUAAAGACAAUGGGGAGCCAGUAGUGUACUACCUAGUGAAGUGGUGCUCUCUACCCUAUGAAGAUGCUACUUGGGAGCUGAAGGAGGAUGUUGAUGAAGCAAAAGUGGAAGAAUUCAGGAAGAUUGAAAGCCGCCCAGCACGACUCAAGAGAACUCCUCGACCUGCUGCAAGCGCCUGGAAGAAGCUUGAUGAGUCCAGAGAGUAUAAGAAUGGGAACCAGCUCCGAGAGUACCAGCUGGAAGGAGUCAACUGGCUGCUCUUCAACUGGUACAACAGGCAAAACUGCAUCCUGGCAGAUGAAAUGGGUCUGGGGAAGACCAUUCAGUCCAUAGCCCUGCUGUCAGAGAUGUUUGCUGUAGGGGUCCAGGGGCCGUUCCUCAUCAUUGCUCCUCUAUCCACUAUCACAAACUGGGAGAGAGAGUUUUCCAACUGGACCGAUAUGAAUGCUAUUGUUUACCACGGCAGUCUGGCCAGUAGACAGAUGAUCCAGCAGUAUGAAAUGUACUGCAAAGAUGACAAGGGACAAUUGAUACCAGGGGCCUAUAAAUUUGAUGCUCUGAUCACAACCUUUGAGAUGAUUCUAUCAGAUUGCCCCGAGCUGAGGGAGAUUUCUUGGCGUUGUGUAGUUAUUGAUGAAGCUCACCGUUUGAAAAACAGAAACUGCAAACUGCUUGACAGCCUCAAGAUGCUUGACCCUGAGCAUAAAGUGUUGUUAACAGGCACUCCGCUUCAAAACACGGUAGAGGAGCUGUUCAGUUUGCUGCACUUUCUGGAGCCGGCUCAGUUCCCCUCAGAGAUAGAGUUUUUGCGCGAGUUUGGAGAUCUUAAAACAGAGGAGCAGGUCCAGAAACUACAGUCCAUUCUAAAGCCCAUGAUGCUGCGUAGACUGAAAGAAGAUGUAGAAAAGAACCUCGCUCCAAAACAAGAGACAAUUAUUGAGGUGGAGUUGACUGAUGUACAGAAGAAGUAUUACCGUGCUAUUCUAGAACGUAACUUCAGCUUCCUUAGCAUGGGAGCCACACAUAACAGCAAUGUUCCCAAUCUCCUCAACACAAUGAUGGAACUUCGAAAGUGUUGCAACCACCCAUACCUCAUAACAGGGGCUGAGGAGAAGAUAGUGGCCGAGCUGAGAGAGGUGUAUAAUCCUCUGGCUCCAGACUUUCAUCUCCAGGCUCUGGUGCGCUCUGCAGGGAAACUGGUCUUGCUGGAUAAGCUGCUUCCUCGCCUUAAGGCUGGCGGGCACAAGGUGCUCAUCUUCUCACAGAUGGUGCGAUGCCUUGACAUCCUUGAGGACUACCUCAUACACAAGAGAUACCUGUAUGAGCGCAUUGACGGGCGGGUCAGAGGAAACCUGCGACAAGCGGCCAUUGAUCGCUUUAGUAAACCUGAUUCAGACCGGUUUGUCUUCCUGCUUUGUACCCGGGCUGGGGGUUUGGGCAUUAAUCUGACUGCUGCUGACACUUGUGUCAUUUUCGACUCUGACUGGAAUCCACAGAAUGAUCUUCAAGCUCAGGCACGUUGUCAUCGUAUUGGUCAAUCUAAAGCAGUGAAGGUUUAUCGUCUCAUUACCAGAAACUCCUAUGAGAGGGAGAUGUUGGACAAAGCGAGUCUUAAACUGGGACUUGAUCGAGCUGUUCUGCAAAGCAUGAGUGGAAAUAAGGACAGCAGUGUUAACGGGAUCCAGCAGUUCUCAAAGAAGGAGAUAGAGGAUUUGCUUCGUAAAGGUGCUUAUGCAGCCAUUAUGGAUGAGAACGACGAGGGAAGCCGUUUCUGUGAGGAGGACAUCGAUCAGAUACUUCAGAGAAGAGCAACUACCAUCACUAUUGAGAGUGAAGGCAAAGGAUCCACCUUUUCCAAGGCCAGCUUUGUGGCGUCUGAAAACCGCACGGAUAUUGCUCUGGAUGAUCCCGAGUUCUGGCAAAAGUGGGCCAAGAAAGCUGACCUAGACAUGGACUCUCUCAACAGGAAGAAUACUCUUGUGAUUGACACACCCAGAAUAAGAAAGCAAACGCGUCAGUAUUCCAGCCUGCGUGGAGAGGGUGGGGAUCUGUCUGACUUGGACAGUGAUGAUGACUACCCAGCCCAUAAUUCUCGACAAUCUCGGGCCUCUCGACGCUCAGACCGGCAUUCUGGUGGUGGUUAUGGGCGCACAGACUGCUUCAGAGUGGAAAAACACCUACUUGUUUAUGGAUGGGGCCGUUGGCGGGAUAUCCUGUCUCAUGCUCGCUGUAAGCGGCGUCUCAGUGAACGGGACGUGGAAACCAUCUGCCGUGUCAUCCUGGUUUUCUGUCUGAUACAUUACCGUGGAGAUGAGAACAUCAAGAGCUUCAUCUGGGAGCUAAUCACUCCUCCAGAGAAUGGACGAGAACCACAGGCUCUGCUUAAUCACUCUGGUCUGUCCAUCCCUGUACCUCGUGGCAGGAAAGGGAAACGAGUCAAGGCUCAGAGCUCUUUUGAUGUGCAGAAAGUUGAGUGGAUCCGAAAGUAUAAUCCUGACAGUCUUCUGCUUGAUGACAGUUACCGAAAACACCUGAAGCACCAGUGCAAUAAAGUGUUGCUGAGAGUGCGUAUGCUGUAUUACCUGAAACAAGAGGUCAUCGGAGAACAUGCUGAUUCUGUAUUGAGAGGAGCUGAUGCAAGGGAUAUUGAUAUCUGGUUGCCUGAAAUGGAGCAGCAGGACGUUCCGUCUGGCUGGUGGGAUGCAGAAGCUGACCGAUGCUUGCUUAUCGGCGUCUAUAAGCACGGAUAUGAGAUGUACACCACUAUGCGUGCUGACCCCUGCUUGUGUUUUGUUGAGCGAUGUGGCCGUCCAAAUGAGCAGGACAUUAAUGCGGAGCAGCAAGCAGCAGACCCAGAGCUUGGGGAGGGAGGGGACUAUGACAAGUACUCAGAAGAUCCAGAAUUCAAACCUGCGUCAAGACACACCAAGGAGGCAUAUGAAGAGGCUGAUUCGGUGAAUGCAGAUGGAGAGAUUUGUGUGGAGGAUCGCUCUGCCCCUGUGCAGGUUGAGGGGCCAUCUUCUGGAUCGUCAGAUUUGUGUUACUGGCCAACAAGCUCGUCACUCACAGCCAGACUACGCCGUCUUAUCACAGCCUACCAACGCAGUUACAGACGAGAGCAGCUUAAGAUAGAGGCAGCAGAGAAGGGCGACCGUAGACGUAGACGCUGUGAACAAGCCACAAAGCUGAAAGAGAUAGCCCGACAAGAACGACAACAAAGGUGGACUCGUAGGGAGGAGUGUGAUUUUUACAGGGUGGUAUCAACCUUUGGGGUCGAAAGAAUAAAGAAAGAAGCGGAUGCUCCGGAAGGGGAUGAGCAUCAUAUGGACUGGACUCGCUUCCGUUCUUUUGCUCGCCUUGAUAAGAAAACCGACGAGAGUUUGACGCGUUACUUUAAAUGCUUUAUGUCCAUGUGUCAGAGAGUGUGUCACUUUCGGCCAGCACGUGGAGAAGAAUCUCAAGAUUUGUCCCAGUCUCUGGCCCCCAUCACAGAAGAACGAGCCUCGCGCACACUCUACAGGGUCAGCUUGAUGUGUCGGUUACGUGAGCGCGUUCUUCCCCACCCCUCAUUGGAGGAACGCCUCAGUCUGGCACCACUCUCCUCUGAACUUCCCAACUGGUGGAGCAUCCCACAGCACGACCACGAGCUGCUCUUAGCUGCCGCUAGACAUGGCGUCAGCCGCACUGAACUCUCAAUCUUCCCUGACCCACAGUACUCAUUCAGUCAGGCCCGCCUCGACUACCUCCAGAACCAAGCCCAAGCCGCUUCGCAGAUUCACGCGUUAAGUCAGUCACAGGGUCCAUCCAGUAUCAAAGAGGAGAGCUUAGAUGAUGAGUCUCGGCUGUUGGGGGUGGAGGCCCUCUGUCCAUCAGACUCUCCAGCCAUGCUCCUCACCCAUUCUGAGGGGAAAGUUGGAGUUCAGGCUGGAUGGGGCUGGAAGAAGAGCAAAAACAAUGGGCCUAGUGAGAGAAAAGAAGGAAGAGAGAGAGGUGAAGGGCCUUCGGACUCCGAUUCUGAUUCAGACUCGGGCUCGUCUUCCUCCUCCCGUCAUUCUGGCAGCUCAGAUGAUAGCGGAGACAGUGAUGCCGAGAGAGAACAAGCAGCAGUUCUUAAGAUGUGCGACGGCGAUGAAGAAAACAGCAUCCUCUCCCUCACUCCAUCUCAAGAAGGCGCCCCACCCGAGUCCCUCACUGACCCUCUGAGAGUUGAUUGGCCCAAAGACCGUGUGUUGAUAAACCGAAUAAACAACCUCUGCUCGCUGGUUCUAACGGGGCACUGGCCGUCAGGUCGACGCUACAUCUCUGACAUACAGCUCAAUUCUACAUCUGAAGAGCAUGACCUCGGAGGUGACCUUGGUUACCCCAGAUUGCCACGGAAAAGCAACAGUGCCAUGUCUGCAGAAACUCUUGAAGGCCGAGAAUCAGAGUUCACAGUAAAACUCCUAAAGGAGGAGGGGCUGAAGCUGACAUUUUCUAAGCAGGCUCUCAUGCCAAACGGUGAAGGGAGUGCACGCAAAAAGAGAAAGGACCACGAGGUGGUAGAUUCAGAAGGGGUUCUCCAUGCUCCCCGCAGAAGGGACCUUCCUAACUGGCUCAAAGAAAACCCAGAUUAUGAAGUGGAGGGAGACAUGUUAGAAUUAUUGGUGAACCGAACCAAAAGAAAGAGGAGGAGGAAGAGGGUAGAGAAAGGAGCAGCACUUACCGGCAGUGAGAGAGUGAAGGUCAUAGACAUAAGGACAGGCAAGAAGUUUAGUGGAAUAUAUGGGCCUUUACUACAGGACCUGAGAGAGCACCUGGAGGAGAACCCUGACCACGUUGUAGCACCAGAAUGGUCUGAGACUGUUCGCAGUUCGGGCUUCUUGCCUGAGAGUUUAUUCCAACGACUGUUGAGUCCCCACGCUUCAAUCCCCAAAAAGAAUCGACAUUACCUCUCCACCCCUUCGAUCCAGACUGAUGACCCUCUCCUGGGAGGCGGCGAAGGCGAGACGUUAGUUUCUGACGGUGCAUACAUGAUGGACGACGAGGACCUGGAGGACGGCAGUCACCUCACGUCAUCACACCACUUCCUUACUCCAGCCUACGAUGUGAAGAUGGAGCCGAGUGCUCUUGAUAUGGACGGAGGCGACAGUUUGUCACAAGGUGGCUAUGAUAGCUCUGACAGAGAGGCCAUUUUAGAUGAUGUCAUCAUGGCGCCGAAGAAUUCGGACUCUUCCUCAAGCUCCGAGGAUUGACCAAAUCUCAUGUUAGAUGUAGUAAACCGAGAUCAUGACAGUCUUUUAUUUUAUUAUACUCAUUAUUUUUAUAAUUAUUAUUGAUGUUAUUACUUUAAAAUAUGGAGUAACUUUUUUUUUCUUGGGUUGGAUUUGUACUUGACUGUUUUGUGUAGGAAAGAUAUAGGCGCUUCUUUUUUUUCUUUACACCUCAUUCAAAAUCUUAAUUCCAGAUGGAUGAAAUAUAUCAAUUUCAUGUCUCACAUACCCCUUUCAAGGAGCUGUUUGUCUCACUCCCUCUGGCUGAACUGUUUAACAGUGUGCUGGAGGAUCCAUAGUCAUGCACUGAGAUGAGCCAUCGUGGUGCCUCGGUCUGGUGAAGAACAUGGAGUUUUUGUUGGAUGUAUAUUUUUUUUUUGUGUGUGUGUUUGGGGGGCGGUGGGGGGGUAAGAUUUGGGGUUUAGGGUUAGUUACUGAAACAAUGUUAGACAGAUGAUGGCUGUAUUGUACAAAUUAGAGUUGGUCCCAUGCCUGCAAUGAUGCAAAAAAUUAUGCGUUUAUUCCCGUUUCAAUAACUGACUCCAACUGUCUCUGUGAUAUAAAUAUGAAUAGCAGUCUACAGUGGAAA